AUGUAUCGCCGCUUUGGUUACGUAUAUGACGACAUUCUACAAAAGCAUGAAUGUCCAUACGAUCCUCAAAAACAAACACAAGAACGCCCUGAACGAGCUGUCUUGAUAUAUAAAAGACUUCAAGAAGAAGGACUUUUAAAAAACGCGCUCAAGGUUGAACUACGAAAAGCUGAAGACUGGGAAAUCUGCCUCGUACAUACUCAAGAUUUACUUGACGAACUUACAAGUCUGCAUACAGUCGAUGAACUUGAAGAAUAUUGCAAAGCCCAUGAGCUCCUAUGGUUAUGUGAAGACAGCCUUGAAGUCGCUCGUUUAACCGUCGGCGGGGUUAUCGAUCUGGUGAAAGCAAAUGUUGCAAACGAAAUUGGCAAUGGCUUCGCGAUUACUAGACCACCAGGUCAUCACUCUUGGGGCCGAUCACCACAAGGGUUUUGUGUCUUCAAUAACGUUGCCAUAGCUGGAAAGUACGCCGUUGAAAAGUUAGGGUUGAAAAAGGUAUUGGUUGUUGAUGUCGAUUUCCACUGCGGUAACGGCAACUACCACUCGUUUAAAGGGGAUAACCGAUUUUUGUACGUCAACUUCCACGCCUAUCACCAUGGAGCUUUCUGGCCUUACAAAGAAGAAUACGACUACGACCCUAAAUACAAAAACAUAAUUUCUAUUCCGUUGAACGCUGCAUUAAACUCAGAGGGCGAUUACAUCGGAGCACUCAAACAUCUAGCAAUACCGAUUGCUGAAGAAUUCCAACCAGAACUUGUCUUAAUUUCACUCGGUUUCGACUCCGCUUAUUAUGACGAUCUCCUGGAACACGGUCAAGGGAUCAAAGCGCCAGGAUACGGGUACAUGAUGAAAUUACUUCACCAACACUGGCCAAACAAAGUGAUAGCAGUUCUGGAAGGCGGAUAUUACUGGUUCAGCUACACAGAGUGUGCUGCUAUGGCUACCAGAGGACUAAGAGGUUUACCACUACCCAAAAUCACUUACCCAAAACGUAUCAAUCCGUGUAUGACCGAAACAAUUUGGAACUGCCUGACUCAUCAAUCCAAGUACUGGACUGCUGCAGCAAAACACCUGAGUGAACUUCAAGACAUGCAGGCAAGAAACGGACUGCAACAGUAUGUUCCACCAGCAACAAGAACUUUUGUUGGCGGAGGGUUCCGAAAAGUAUGGGACGCCGUACAACAGAUGAAAAUAGCACGAACACGAGACUGGGUACCCGGCAUGUCUCCGGAAUCUCAAACAAUAGCUCAAAAAAAAAUACUUGAGUACAUCAAAGAAUAUGACUACAACAGUCCAACAACAGAACUCAGUAAAACCGAAUUUCUUGAGCAACUCUUGUGGAAUUCCGACAGAGCAGGAGAAGCAUUCCUGAUGUCAAUCCCCAUAACCCUGUGGUUCUAUAACGGGAUGAAGAGCUGCUUAGAAAGUGAGGACGGCAAAUACAUAAUCAUCGACAUGUAUGCCUACAGACAAGCUGAAAGAAAAAUGAGAGAAAAUUAUCCUUCAAAGUGA